AUGGGCGACGUCGGUCUCACACCCUCUCUUAACCCAGCGCGUCAGCCUACGAGUAGAGGUGCUGCUUCCAGACCGACCUCACCACCACUGCGGAGCAUCGACGAAGACGCCACUUUUUCCGCGCCGCCGAUACCUGCUAAGAGCGUACUGCGCCAAACCGUUUCAGAUCAAUUUCUGCCGCACUUUAUACCGCCUUCUGCGCCAUCAGCGAACUACGAGUAUAAGAACAGCAAUGACACUGGAAGGUCAGCUCCGCCAGCGUAUGAAUGGCGAGCGCAGCCGCUACUAGUAGAUGAGGUGCAUAAUGGGCCUGUGGAGGGCGAGAAGCUCGCGGCAUACAGGCGCGCAGAUGGCUACAAGCGGAAGCAGCACUGUAUCAGCUGGCGGCGGUCAACACUGAUCAUCGCUGCGGUCGUGGUGCUGCUCUUCAUUGGACUCAUCGUCGGCCUAGCAGUAGGCUUGACCGUCGGACGGAAAGGAUCCAAUGGCAAAGGUGGAGGUUUAGCAGGCCUCUCGGAAACUAGCUCCCCGCAACCAUUCCCGCUCGGCCAAUUCAGCGUGAUCACUGCACUUCGAACGGUGAAUUCCAGUUGCACGUCCAAUGCCGAAACCUGGAAUUGCUAUCCCUACCAGAUCUACGACGCGGCGAGCCCAGACAGCGGCAAGCUAACAUUCAACUGGGUCAUUGCCAAUUCCAGCUCGUCCUAUGCAACAAUUGACUCGGGCACCACAUCUGAUGAAGGCGAACCUGCAAAUCUCACCAUCAGUGCCACCGGCAAUCCGUUCAGCGUCACCUUCAACAACACGCCACUGACAUAUAUAUCUCCGGCGUCCAACACCAGCUCCGCUCGAUACACUUUCAAGUUCGAUAUGAGCAAGGCCUUCAAUCCACCAGUGUCGCUAGCGAGCAACAAUGUAGCCACACAGUGCUUCUACAACCAAACGACAUUUACUGGCACUCUGUAUCUCUCUGCGACACGCACUUAUCCGGCACCGAACAGCUCAGAUGACGCUUUGCAGUGGCCCUAUGCAAUAGACAUCCAGCAGAGCUCACCAGGCGGUGCAGACGUUCCCGCGUGUUACGAGUAUAUCCAGGGCCAAGUGGGAGCUAGGAUCACGACAGGUCUGAUACCUCAGCCGACUGACACGCAAUGUUUGUGCGAUUAUCGUAAUUACUGAUGAUCGGCCAUUACUGUCCAUAUAAUGAUUUGAUGGCCGAUGACAUGACGACACCCUGCUGCUGUUUAGCGGUGCCAUACGACUUAUGCAUAAUAAUAUACGCAGCAUAGAUAGAUAUCCAGAUAAAAGUGCAAUGUUUAAUGAACCGACACGUCACUCGAUGCUGUCUAGACUACCAC